UGAAGAUGUCUUGUAACAUGGACUCUGGAAAUUUCAGAGGUGGGAUCAGGUGCCUAGGAGGAGUAAGCUUCCCCUGUCUACCAGUCACACCCACCGUGAGCCUUAUCUAUGUAGUAUGCAUUGAUCGGCAUGGUAGAUUAAAAGUGAAAACAACAGCCCAACAGGAGGAGGCAAAGCGGAAAGAACGAGAGCAGAAACUCAAACUUUAUAACGCAGCUACGUCAGCGGCAUUUAAAAAAAGAUUAAAUGGAGAAUUCGAUGAAGAAGGAUUAAAGCUUACAGGAGAGAUAUUAUCUGUUAACCCAGAUUUCUAUUCUCUCUGGAACUACCGCAAGGAAAUAUUUCUUUUCAUGAAGGAUAACAAAGAGACCGAAUUUGUACAGAAGCUGAUGCAGGAUGAGCUGGGAUUUCUGGAGUCCUGUUUGAAGGUAAAUCCUAAAUCGUAUGGAGCCUGGCAUCAUCGCUGCUUCAUCAUGGACAACAUGCCAACACCCGACUGGGAACGGGAACUCCAGCUCUGUAACACAUUCUUGGAGUACGAUGAGCGAAACUUUCAUUGCUGGGAUUAUCGUCGCACAGUUGUUCUGGCCUCAGAUGUUGAUUUAGAACAGGAACUCGCGUACACCACAGAGAAAAUUCAGACUAACUUCUCCAACUACUCCUCUUGGCAUUACCGCAGUAAACUCCUCCCUGUCAUCUUCCCUGACCCCACCCACCCUGUCAGGGUACAGGAGGAUAUCUUACUGCAAGAACAUGAGACAGUUCAGAAUGCCAUCUUUACAGAUCCAGAUGAUCAAAGUGCUUGGUUUUAUCACAGGUGGCUUCUGGGCAGAGGCAGGAAAAAGCUUCAGGUCAGCUGUGUUCAUGCCUCACGUCACACAAACCAAAUAAUAGUGCUUCUGACAAAUCACAUUAAGGUAAAUCAUGGCCACAUAUUGUCUGUAAACAUCAACAGUACCUCUAUCACGGGGGAAUGGAAAAAUGUGAAAGGGUCAACUAAUUACAGUAAUAUUUGGGUAAUGGAUGUGAAGGAUGGCCUACAAAGUGAAGAGGACUUAUCUAUUGGAGUGACGCUACUUACCGAGUCCGACUGCACACAGUUCUCACAAGGCCUUCAGCUUAAUCAGGGUCAGAAGGAAGCUUGGACAAUGGCUGGCUACAAGGCGGGGACAAGAUUUAGUAUCGAGCUCAGCGCGGCAGCCAGCUCUACCCUGGAAACAGAACUGGAGGGGAUCCAAGAACUUCACUCAGUGGAGCCAGAAAACAAAUGGGUGCUUUUGACCUUGGUGUACCUGAUGAAGGCCAUUGAUCCUGUGCAUGAGAGGUUUGAGGAAGGCAUCAAUGAGGCUAUAAAUAAACUCAGUGCUGUAGACACCAAGAGGAGGGCAUUUUACUGGGAUUUAAAGAGCAAGUUUAUGAUUGAGAAGAUUCUGGAUGUUCAGGAUGUAAACACCCGUGAGAUGACCUUGACUGGCCUUGACCUGACUGUUCUGUGUCACACAGAGUGGAUGGUACUAAUCCAGGAGCUGGACAUUUCACAGAACCAGUUAUCUAACCUUAGACCCCUGAGUAAUCUCCCCUGUCUAAAGAUACUCAUAGCCAAUAAUAACAAAAUAGAGGAUGUAGAGAGCCUCCAACAUUGUAAACAACUUAAAACACUUCAUCUACAGAAAAAUGCCCUACAGACAGUACAAGUUUUUACCCCCCUGGCUGGUCUCCUGUUGGAGGAAGUCAACGUCGCCGGGAAUCCUUUGUGCAAUAUUGAGAACUAUACAGACUCUUUAAGAGCAGUGCUUCCCUCCCUGUCCCCCAGCUGAGGUCAGUUACCCCCGGGGGACGUGGUCCCUACACCUGGUCCAAAAAUAUGUCGGUGCUCCGAGAUGUCAGACACAGAAAUCAGAGAGGGGAAAACUUACAAAACAAAAUGUGAUAUAUUUCUGUUUAAUUAUUAAUGAUCAGUAUUUAAUAAAUUAAUUUACACUUAUGAUGAUUUGUUGUAUAAAAGUGAUUUUAUAAUUUCUGUUUCAUUAUGUUAGUGCCUGGUAAAAGAUUUUGAAAAUUAUAUUUAAGAAAAGAUUUGAGGAAAAUAUUUUUGAAUGUGGAGAAUGGGAUACAUAAUAAUUCUUCUUUUUUGAAGUAAAUGUAAAUGAAAUUUACAUGUAGUUAAUGAUAUAACAAAUGUGUAAAUUCUAUGAGGAUGACUUCAUGUUAGUAUGGUAAAUGUACUAUACUCUUAUAAUUUUUUGUAUGUGCAUGUAUACUGUAUGCAAGCUAGUAAAGAAUUUACAGUAUUUACUGUAGUUGUGCAAUAUCACAAAUAGGAAUAAAACUGAAACUAUAAAAUC